GAAGCACCCCGUUGGGCUCAGGAGGGGCUCGGGCUUUUGUGGGGCCGCUCCUUCGAUUUGGGUCGGGGCACCCUCUUCGUGGACGAGGCUCGCCGCGUCCGGAAAGCCCCUCGUUCCCUGUCUGGUGCUCCUUCUGGUACACUAGCGCGAUGACCGUGGGGCGAACUUCAACCCCGCUGUGUCUGUCACGCUCGGCCUCGUCGGCAAGUUGCCCUGGGCUGACGUCUUCCUCUACUCGUUGGUGCAGACGUUGGCGGGCGCGCUGGCGGGCAUCCUCGCCCGCGCGAUCUUCAAGAGCUCGGAGUUUGCCCUCGCCCUCGGGCCCGCGGAUGGCUUCGAGUGGUGGCAGGCGGGCGUGUGUGAGCUCGUGUACACGUUCAUGCUCUGCUUUGUCGUUCUAAAUGCUGCCUGCGCCGCGGCGAACGCGAGCUCUCAGUUCUACGGCCUCUCGAUCGGCCUCGUGAUCGUGGCGGGCGCGUUCGGGGCGGGCGCUGUCUCCGGGGGCUGCUUCAACCCCGCCGUGGCGUUCGGCGUCUACACGGGCGGCAACCACAGCCCCGGCAGCCUGAGCUAGUUCCCCGUGUACGCCGCUUUCGAGUUUGUGGUCGGUGCGCUGGCGGCAUUUCUGUUCAAGCAGGUGCAGCCCGAUGCGUUUGAAGAUGGGGAGAGCGGAGCCGAGAUGAAAGCCAAGGUGAUCUCGGAGGCGCCCGGGACCUACAUGCUCGUGCUCACGGUCGGCCUCAACGUCCUGGCGGCCUCCCCCGCCGCGCCUUUCUCCAUCGCGGCGUCGCUCAUGGUCAUGGUCUUCUCCCUUGGCGACGUGUCGGGGGCGCACUUCAACCCGGCUGUAACUAUCUCGAUCUUGGCGAUCGGGAAGAUCAAGGCGAAGGAGGCCGUCGUCUACAUGCUUGUCCAGGUGUGCGCCGCACUCGUGGCAGGCUUCACUUACUCGAUCAUAUACGGAGGGAAGAGUUUCGCCCUCGGCCCCAACGAUCCGUUCGGCCUUCCCGAGGUGGCAGUGGCCGAGGCCUUCUUCACGUUCGUUCUCUGUUUCGUCGUCAUCAGCGUCGCCUGCUCACCCAGUGCGGAGGGCAAGAACUACUCGCAGGUAUACGGGCUCGCCAUCGGGUCAUGCAUCGUCGUGGGGGGGUUCGCGAUCGGUAGCAUCUCGGGCGGCAGCUUUAACCCUGCCGUGUCCAUUGGGACUUUCGCGAUCGGUGGGUUCAAGUUCGGAGUGACAGCAGCUCUUUACACCGUGUUCGAGCUGGCCGGCGCGGGCGUCGCCGCGCUCAUAUACGUCCAGACGCACGAGGAUGUGGAGCUGUGCGGACAGGCGGGAGAGUCUGACGAGGACGAAGAGGAGUCGGACGUGGAGAAGUAGGAGUCUGUGGGGCCGUCUUACCUGAGCCGCUCUCCGUUCUCGUGUCGAACACGUUUUUUUUUCCCAGACGGAAGUGCUCAGCGCCACGGAUUGCACGCGCGCGUCGGCCUCCGGCAAGGCCGAUCUCUUUUCCUUUCUUGCCCCCGUGCGCCGCAAGGAUAGGUUCAAGCGGAGAGGCAGACCUUGCCGCCCCCGUGUGCGUGUCUUUCUUAAGUCGCCUCCCGUGCGGUGUGGACGUUGCUGGCCAACAAAACGCUGCCGGUAGCAGCGCGGGUCUCAACCGCGAUCCCGUUUGUGGGGGAACGCGCAACCUCGGUGUUUGCGUUUCCGCCUCCUUCUUUCCGCCCUCCGCUCCUCUUCCACCCCCUGUCCAGGUAUCAUGGUUCAGGUGUAUUUUACAUAUUCGGCGGAGCCAAGCAUUGAUAUUGUUUAAUCGAUUGAUAUGAUGUCAGUUGAUGUGCCGGCAGCUUUCACAGCCGUCCGCGAACAGUGUCGGUAUAGCGAUGAUUGCGGCCGGGACCCAGGAGUUUCACCACUGCGGAGAACUGCUGGUUUGCCACGCGGUGGAUCCCUCCAGGCACGGGCAAGUUCUACAUAGUGACGUCGGAAUUUCACGCUCCCAGGGCAUGGUGGACCGCUAAUGCUGUCUUCAAUCACUUCUACAAGAUGCUUGAGGACGAGUUCAAGGACGAUGAGCAGAGGCCUCCACGAGUCUCGGCCUGUCAACGGUUCUCACAGUCAGGAGUAUAAGUCGAUGCGUUUGGGGGGUUGACAAGGCGGCCGUAUCACCCCCCCCCCCGGCCCUCGUUGUGUCCCCCUCCCCCUCUUCCCCCUCCUCCUUUCCCUUUCCUCCUCUCUCCCCUCCUCCC